UGCUGGAAGAAUCUGAUUGACGCCAAAGUGGAAGCGAACAGGCUCAUCAUUUCUGCGCUCGUAACGCGUAUGCCGUGUUGUGCCAUACGCAACCCACCUUGCGAAUAAUGUUAUAAACUUAAGUUCGGGUGAGUAGUAGCUCCCUGCUACCUCCGUUCAUCCUGAGCAGCAGUUGCCAUGCGCCUCUUUCUAUUCUUUUGGCUUGUAACUUCCAUCUAUUCAUGUUUGGCUGCAGCUCCCCCAAGGGCGAUCGCCAAGAGAGGUAGCAGCUCAUUCGUGAGCUCUAGUUCAGCUGGAUUUUCUGUCAACGGAAGUUCACUUAGAUUCGUUGGCACCAACUUGUACUGGCUGCCGACGUUGGAUUCGAACGAUGAUAUAUGGAAUAUGCUGAAAAACAUUUCUGAUACCGGUAUCAAGGUCAUUAGGAUUUGGGCAUUUAACGAUGUGGACACCAUUCCUGAGAAUGGAACGUGGUUUCAGUUGGUACAGAACGGUACUACCACAAUCAACGACGGACCAAAUGGACUACAGAAACUUGAUACUGUGAUCCAAAUGGCAGAACAACAAGGGCUAUACGUCAUAAUGUCACUAACGAAUAAUUGGUAUCCAUUUGUUAACUCGACAGCAACAAGCACUCCAUCACCCGAUGUGCUUGCGACUGUCACUUCUCCGCCGCGUAAUACUCUUUCAAACGACUAUGGUGGUAUGGAUCUAUAUGUCAACCAGUUCGGACUUCAGAACCACGACGCAUUCUACACGAACAACGAAAUAUUGACCGCCUUCCAGAAUUACACCAAGCAGAUCGUAUCACGCUAUCUCAACAGCCCUGCUGUAUUUAGCUGGGAGCUUGCGAAUGACGCUAGAUGCAACGGGACCUUGCCCACUAGUCCAACAUGUACAACACAAACAAUCACACAGUGGCACGCUCAGAUGGCUGCAUUCAUCGCGUCCAUUGAUUCCAACCACAUUGUCUCUGCUGGAACAUCUGGAUUUCAAUGCACAGAUUGUCCGAAGUUGUAUCCCAUUACACCAACAGCUUCGCCUACGCCCUCUCCCGCACCUGGCAAGAAGCGCAACAAAGUCACUCCUUUGACAAAAGAGCAGGUCAUAAGGCAGCGCGCUGAGUCGAGACGCCAAAACAGGGCAGCCGCUAAGCGUGCAGGCACCUUGAAGGAAGACGGCGUAAGGAUAAGGGGUCGUUGGGUAUCUACAGCAACGCGAGAAGUCUCCAGCUCGAUCGGCCCCACGACGGAUGGUUCAACUGGCGUCGACAGCCAGGACAUCCUUAACAUCCCCAACAUAGGCUUCGGUUCCUUCCAAGUAUUUCCCGACCAGAACUCGUACGCUCCCGAUGAUCCAAACCUUAGCCCCGUCCAAAACAAGAUCCAGUCGAGUCUUACGUGGAUCCAGCAAUCGGCUCAGUCUGCUGCUGCCGUUGGGAAGCCUGUUGUCCUCAAUGGAUUCGGUCUCGUUACCCAAUCCAAUCUGAACGACUUCGUCCCCUUCAACAUGACUUAUGCUCCUUACGCAUCCGAUACAGCGGUCGUCACUGCGAGGUCAGGUUUUGCCGGUAGCAAGCGACAGAGCUCAUCAUCAGACUACGCCGAUGACAGUGACCAAGAAUCAGGUUACAGCUCGUUUUUGCAGAUGGGCAACAGCGCUGGAUUAGCAGGCGUCAUGCAAUACCAGUGGGGCUCAACCGGCGUUACCCAAACAAGCAGUACCAUCCAGUUAGACGAGUUAGACACAACCAACUCCCCAGCAUCAGGGGCGACACUAGUUGCUUCGCCUAACGAUGGUUACUCCAUUGCUAAUAACCCAGCCAUUCAACAAAUCCUGCAGCAGGGCGCGCAGGCAAUGGCUCAGAAUUCAUGAGGAUUGUUGAUUCUUCUUCGGUUCCUUUUCUCCAGAGACGCUGUUUUUAUAUAUAUCAUGAUUCUCAAGAGUUAUACGUGGCACAGACAAUGGUAGAGCGGGACCGUAUGUUUCCCGCAUUUGAUACGUGCGUCGGGGCAGGUUCCAUACCUUCCUGAAUUCGGACCAUU